UAUGGCUCCGAUAGCAUUGAAAGAUAAACGUGUGGAAGAGCUUACUAAACAAUUAGUACGACAAUUUAUAAACGACGAGUUUGCAAAAAAAAAUGUUCCCCUAGCUCUACAGUUCUCCCUUUCAAACUUCAGAUAUCAUAAGUUUUUAGAUGCAGACUCUAACAAAAUACAACAAUCUAUUCAAGGUCUAUGUGAAAAGUUUUCAAUUCACGGCCAGGAAUUUAAAUCAAGAUCCCUUAUAAAGCUUGUGGAGAAGUUUUUGAAAUGUUCUCUGUUUGACCAGCAAUAUGGUGAAAAGAGUGAUGUUCAUUACUCUUUGAUAAAGUUCCUACUAGUUCUCUCAGAAUCUCCAGUUAAUGCUGUUUACCAUCCAUCAAAAGUUGAUGAUUCUGUUGUUGUAGAGGAUGAUUUCAAUUGGACAAAAUAUCUUUUGGAAGGAGAAGAGAAAUAUAUGCCAUAUCGUUACUAUGACUCCCAUGAAGAGGAAUUUUGGAGUGAUUUAGACUCAGAGGAAUCCCUAGAAGAUGAAAAUGAUUCAGAAGUCAUAAAUGGUGAUCUAGAAAAAGAAAAUAUUCUGCAAACGAACUAUUUUUCAGAGCUGACCACUGUCAUGACUGUUAAUCAAUUGCGGGAUGAAAUGCAAAGUCAGGUGACUGAAAGUUAUUGGUUGAAAAAUCAUUUGUCAUCUCAUUUGAAUGAUUGCCAAAAAAACAAUAACCUAGCUAACGUUCCUCCAUUUCAAAUACUCCACGAAACACAGAUAGUUCGAGAGACACUAUGGAUGAUGUCUAAAGUUAAAGAGCUUUAUGUUUACAACAUGAAGAAUGAUAAAUAUGAAGUUCGAGAUAAUAUUGUAAUGUGUCAUCUUACUAAGGUUCCCCUAAAGAAAUUGCUGACAGAACUUGCAGAUCUUGCGACAUGUAUUGGAGAGCUGAGAAACUUUGUAAAGACGACGUGUCAUCAUAUGAACAAGAACAUACAACCUUUGACAUUUCAAGCAUUUGCUUUUGUUUUGCAUGAGUAUUUUCAGAAAUUUGAUGCUCAUUUGUUCAAAAUUGAAGAGUCCAUCAUCAAAAAAGAAGAAUCAGUAACAUUGUCAGUUCUAAAUGAUCACAUUUUACCCUAUGUGAAAGAGAUUGGAGUUAUUUUCAACAUUUACAUAAAAGGAAUUAAAACCGCGAGGAAAACAUCAAACCACGAAAAAGUCGCCUGUUUCUUAAAUGUUUUUUAUCACAACGUACUUGUCACUGAAUUAGAAAGUGACCGACGAGUUGUGAAUGUUUUAUUGGAAAUGUUCUUGAACAUUUUAAUUCCUUACAUGGAUUUCAUUGAUCGUUGUCUUACAGAAGGAAAGCUUAUUGAUCAUACUGACGAAUUUUGCAUUCAAAAAGUAACUGAUAUCGAAAAGUCUGAGUUAUGGACGUCCGUUUUAAAAAUCAAAGGAGAUGCUUCUUGCCCAACAUUUUUGAAAAUAGUUCUGAAAGAGAUUAUUUUGGCGGGAAAAUCAGUUAUUUUGCUGGAGACGCUGAACGAGCUUUCAAAGAAAGCCGAGCAAAUGUUGCAAGAAGAAAGUUUAAAAAAGAUGUUUCGAGAUUCUGUUGAUAAGCUCACGGAUACCUCAAAUUUAGCUCGAAUGUUUGAAAUCUGUUUGUAUCCACAUAUUCAAGUAAAAUAUGAAAAGAGUUGUAACUCAUUAAUUCAACUUUUAAAAACGGAGUAUGUCUUGGCAGAUCAUCUUGCUUCAUUAAGAGAUUUUUUCUUCCUUGAGGCUGGCGAUGUUAUGCAUCAUUUCUAUACUGAAAUUUUCAAAAAGUGUCGUCGUCAUGGUCGAUGGCAAGAUAUGUCUUAUUUAAACACUUUGUUUCAUGAAUCUAUUACACCAUGGUAUUCUGACCAACGAGAAAGUUUCACUGUUGGUUACAACAGACCAGAGAAAAUAACAGCAGAAUCACUACAAGGCUUGGAAUUAAACUAUAAGGCACCAUGGCCUGUGAAUCUAAUAGUUGAUGCUGCUUCUCAGAAAAUUUACAAUGAAGUAUUCUUGUUUUUAUUACUUGUUAAGCAAGCCAAAUGGAGCUUGGAUGAACUCAGAUUUAAAGAUUUGGAAAGUGAAAGUACUAUUUUGGAUGCUCAAUUCGAAUUAGUAAACGAAAGUACAAAAGGAUUGAAAAUGGACAAAACACUUCAACAUCAACUGCAUAUUGUUCGCUUUGAUUUAAUGCAAUUUGUCAAUAUUCUUCAUCAAUAUAUGAUGACUAGAAUACUUCACAGUAAACUUGAAUUUGAAGAUACAUUUAAUAAGGCUGUAGAUUUAGAUGAAAUCAUCAAAGCACACAGAGACUAUCUAAACAAAGUUCUUGAAAGAUGUCUAAUGACAAGGAAGACAGAAGUUAUUAAAGUUGGCGUCUCUAAAAUUCUAAAACUUGCUGUAAAAUUUAGUAAACUUUGGAACACAGAUAUCAACGAGACUAGAGAAACAACAUUAAAUGUUAUAAGAGAGGAUCUUCAAAAAUGGCGAAUAUUCUUUCUUAAUUUUCUAAAGAAAAAAACAAAACGAGGCUCUUAUCCACAAUUGGAAGAAUUGGCUCAUAGUUUGGGCUCAAGUAAAGAAUGAAAAAUGACGAGAAACUGUUUAAUUGGAAUCAUCCUUAUGUAACAUAAAUACAUGUUUAAUAUGACUUCGUAAAUCGAUGUUUCAUCGAAUGUAAAAAUAUGUAUUGAAAUAAAUAUAUGUAUGCAUUAUUGAAAAAUAUAAUAUAUUUUGUCCCAGACAAGAACCAUAGUUUCAGUAAAUUUUAGGAUGCAUAAAACAAGGAAUUAAAUUGUACAUUGACUCAGUAUUAAUCAGCGUUUGUGUAAUAACAGCUUUCGAAUAUAGAACUUUGUUAUAAAAAAGUAAUUGGAAAAAUGAAAAGCAUAGCAUGUCCACGCAUUAUCUGGAUUGUUUCAACAAAAUUUACAGUAACAAAUCACAAAUGUACAAGGACCAAAUUUAAUAAAUAUUAUAUAAUACUA